AGGUUCAGUGGCUGCGGUUUGGUCCCGUCUCGGGCGUAUUUGUCUUUUAUCGGUUCACUGGCCAGUUGUAUUGGCGUGCUCAUCGCGUUUACUAAGCUAGAGGUCUAAAGAAUAUGACUGGUCCGAAGCCGUCGUGGUUGUGCGCGAUUUAUUUACUAUAUAUUAUUGGUUCCGACGCCGCACUCUCUGGACUUUAUAUCGAUAAUGGUGUCGAUCAAACAAUAAUACAUCAUUCCAUGACGCGACAUGAACGGCAAGUUGUUGAACAUGAAAUAUUAGAGCUUUUAGGCCUAGGUGAGAGACCCCGGCGAUCAGAAGCGCCACCAUUGGACCGCUCGGCACCGAGUUUUUUACUCGACGUUUAUAAGCAACUAGCAGAGGAACAUGAACAAGCUAGACCAACUCGCAGUUCUGAAAUGGCUCUUAGUGGAGAAGAACAGCAUGCCAUCGAUGAAAGUGACCUGAUAAUGACAUUUCAAAGUAAAAAACAUCACUUAGGAGCCUUACGGCACGGGCACGGAAGACAUGUUUGGUUUGACGUGACCAGUGCACCUGGAGACGCCUCGUCUCUACUCACGGCAGAGUUACGGCUGCACCAGGCCCCCGUUCACACAGAAGACCCAACAGCGUUGUACACUGUUGUUGCACAUAGAGUUAUCAGUGUUGAUAACCUUGGUGGUAUUGAAAUGGAGCGUGUCGCAGCAGUAAAUACGAGCGUCGGAACCGAAGGCUGGUUGGAGCUCAACGUGACAGCAGCGUUGGCGAAGUGGCUCGGCGCGCCCGCAGACAAUCGGGGUUUCUUUAUAACCUUACACCCACAUUCACAGCCAGAGCGUCAUGUUAAACCAGAAGAAAUAGGGGUACAAGAAGAUCAAGGCGCUAAUUCUGAAGGAAAGCAACCUUUUAUGGUUGCGUUUUUCAAGAACGGAGUCAAGCUUGAUAGUUCUGACGCUGGAGCUCGUAGAAAACGCGAAGCAAGGCGCUGGCGUAAUAAUGGCUAUUCCGAAAAUUAUUUGAGAAACCCUCUGACAGAUACGUCGCAUUGGACGACCAGAAGCUGCGAAAUACAGACAUUAUAUGUUAGUUUUAAGGACUUGGAGUGGCAGGAUUGGAUUAUCGCUCCUGACGGUUACGGAGCAUUCUACUGCAGUGGCGAGUGCAAUUUUCCACUAAAUGCUCACAAAAACGCAACAAACCAUGCAAUUGUGCAGACAUUGGUUCAUCUUUUGAAUCCUACUCAGGUUCCGAAGCCGUCAUGUGCUCCAAUCAAGCUUUCACCAAUUUCAGUCCUUUAUUACACUGAUGAUUCAAACGUGAUAUUACGGAAAUACAAAAAUAUGGUUGUCAAGAGUUGUGGAUGCCAUUAAUUUAAUAUGAAGUCGUAAAUUUUAUAUCGACAGCCAAAACUAGUCUUGAUUGUUUUAAUAAAGUAAAUUAGGUAGCUAUAUAGAUUUUAUAAAAAAAACUCUCAGGGUUUUCUUGAGCUGAUGUUUCAAAUUGUAGCUUACUUUAAAGUCACAGAAUACUAUGAAAUUACAUAUUAAUUGAAUCUGUAAA